AUGGCUCACAAGAGACCUAGAAUCCUGUCGGCCUUUUUGAGCCACCUCCCUGAUGAGGACCGGGUGAAGCUCCAGCAAGAGCAGCCCCUCCCCACCAACCACAAUCCUCAACUCUCUCUUGAGGAAUUUAUGGAAAAAAACAUACAGGAUCUCGGUUCGAGAUUGAACUAUGUCAAGGAGUACUGGAAAGCACUCCAAGCGUCAUGCCGCCAAUCCUUGAUUAUCAAGGACAAAAAGGUCGAAGAAGAGUUGCGGGAGCUCGAGGACAUACGGCUUGAACUCGAGAUUGAGACGUACACUGUGAAACGGCAGAAACGUCUGAUUCUUGAUGAUAUGAAAGACGGAUAUCCGUCGACGUGGAAAAUCGAGGACGCAUACAUCGCAGCGAUCAGAACCAAGACCAUGGCUGCAACAAUCAAUAAGCGACGAUUCCGGCAAACCGAGUUCAAAAAGGUUGUAGCUGAUUACCUUCAGGCACAACGUCAGACAGAAGGGCUAAAAUAUAUGUGGUGUCACAUUCUCGGCGAUUGGCUGGAGGCCAGGCUCGUCAAAACAGCACAUAUCGUUCCAAAGUCCCUGGAUCCCGAUGCAAUCGGUUACGUUUUCGGAGCCUUCAGUAUGACCUUGGACGACGAACGGAAUGGCAUAACCCUCCACCACUCCAUAGAGGAGGCGUUCGAUCGAGGCACAAUCGUGAUCGUGCCUGUCGCGGAAGGGCAAAUCAAGAGGUGGAAAUGUGUUCUUAUGGACCAGACGAAGCAAAAACUCAUGGUUAUGCCUGGAGUCAAGUGGCAGGUAGGUCCCAGGCAGGGGUUAUUUUCGUCUUUAUAUCCACUUUUGUACCAACCUUAG